CAAAAACGCCGACGGCCGAUGACUUGCGUUGAUUACCUACCUACUGAUUAGUUUUGAUGUGAGUUUUUCAUGAAUAGAUUUGAAAUAGAAAUAUUUUUAGUUGAUUAAUAUUGUAAAAUCGAUUCUAAGUAGGUUUAUAACGUUGCUAAACCGUUAAACAUGGCUUCAAAUAGGGAAGAAACGAUGCGUCAAUUCUGUGAUGUUACGGGCGCCGAUGAAAAUCGCAGUAGAUUCUUUUUAGAAUCUUCUAAUUGGCAACUCGAGGUUGCCCUGUCAAGCUUUUACGAGAAUGGUGGUAAUGUAGACGAGGCUCCAGCCAACGCACCGGCGGUGACUGCGUCUCCACAACCUAUGUCAGAGAGCGACAUGGAUUCGCCACCGGGAUCACCGGAAAAGGCUCAGAAAAAAGACAAGAAAAAGAAAACAAACACAAAAUUUGCGACGUUAGAUACUUUAGAACAGGACAGCUCUAGUGAGGAAGAUGAAGGCCAAGCAUUCUACGCAGGUGGUUCAGAGAGGUCAGGACAACAGAUAUUAGGCCCUCCCGGCAAAGGGAGGAAGGACAUUGUCACAGAAAUGUUUAAGAGCAUUCGCGAACGCGGUGCUGUUGUUUUUGAAGACGAACCAUCGUCAACUAGCCGCGGUCGUGGUGGCGUCUUUUCUGGAGCUGGAUACAGGCUUGGUCAAACAGCAGAUGAUCAUGAACAAGUUACGCCAGGCGGAGCAGCACAGACGCAAGACCAACCACGUUCAGUACGUCUCCGUCUAUACAGAGAAGGUUUCACCGUUGAUAACGGUCCGAUACGUCAGUAUCAAGAUUCGGAAAAUUCCGAGUUCCUCAGCUGCAUUCGAAGAGGUGAAAUACCCCCUGAGCUAUCAGGCGGUGGUGAGGUUCGGGUGAGUCUCGAGGACAGACGGCACGAAGAGUGUCCACGUACAAUGUCCAAGACGCAGGCCUUCACUGGCAAGGGACAUUUGCUUGGCAGCCCGACCCCAGCGACAGUGGGUGCGACUGUACCGGUAGCUGCCCAACCCGGCGACCGCUCGGCCAACCAGCGCGCAGCACAGCUGGCCGUGCGCGUCGACGAGACCGCGCCUGUCACCACUGUGCAGUUUCGCCUGGCAGAUGGCAGCCGUCUAACCGGCAGGUUCAACCACACGCACACAGUGGAGGAUCUCUACCAAUACGUGUCUACAGCUGAACCGAGCUAUCAAAUACAACCGUUCGUCUUACUAACAACGUUCCCGAGCGUGGAACUAUCGGAUCGCUCUAUAACGCUAGGGAACGCUAAACUGUUGAACACCACUGUAUUACAACGGCUUAAAUAAAUGAUUGAUAUGUGA